AUGGCUUCUCGAACUGUGCCGAGCGAGGAAUUGUUGGAUGAUCUGUGCACACGAUUCAUUCUUAAUGUGCCAACCGAAGACCUUCAGUCGUUUGAGAAGUUCAUGUUUCUAGUAGAGCAGGCGCACUGGUACUACGAGGACUUCUGCAGGGACAACGACCCAUCUCUCAGGUCCCUGUCACUCAGGACGUUCACAGGGAUCAUCUUCCAGCACUGUCCUGGGCUUGCCCAGCUGUACAAAGACAGGGACAGCAUCUAUGCCCGAUUUAGCGCCUACAAACAGACUGUCCCCGUGAUGGGGGCCAUCCUACUGAACACGAACAUGGACAAGUGCCUGCUGGUCAGGGGCUUCAAGAACAGUGCUUCUUGGGGUUUCCCAAAGGGGAAGGUUGCCAAAGAUGAGCCAGAUUCAGCUUGCGCCAUACGCGAGGUGAGGGAGGAGACGGGCUUGGACAUCUCAGACAUGCUCGUGGAAGAAGACUGCAUCGAGCGCCACAUCAAACAGCAGCGCAGCAAGCUCUACAUCAUUACGGGGGUGGAGGAGACGACAGAGUUUGAGCCUCAGGUGCGGGGGGAGAUUGGCGCCUUUGGGUGGCAUUUUGUGACCUCCCUGCCAGCCAGUGAGGAGGCGGCCAUGCAGUACAACACCGCUGAGGGUGCCAGGCACCACUUCUACCAGGUCUGCACUGCAGCCACACUCCGCAGCUCUUAG